AAAUGUUUUUGAACUUUCGUCGUAACGCUAUCAGCUGAAAGACGUGGUUUUUGAGUAAAUUGCAAAUUCUAUCUACAUACGUUUUAUCCAAUAAAUUUUAUUUUACGAUCCAGUGCUAAAAUGUCAAUUGCAUUAUAUUGCAUCUCUAUACGGAUUUGUGCUGGUGAUUAGUGUUAAUUUAGUGAUAAACUUAAAACAUGAUGUUGUGACAGAAAAAUUAUUAUUGCAACCAGAAUAUUUUGUAGUGUAGUGAUAAUGGAUAUGCCAGACGGUGACUGGAAGAAGAAAGUUGGAUUUCCGAUCAAUUACGACUCGAACCAGAGCUCCAGCGAUGAGUUCGACUCAUCAGAUGUAGUGAUGAGACAUCCGCGCCAGUCGUCCAGGUACUUGCUCGCCGACGGCGGCGACGGAGCUGAAGCCGACCUCCUAGGUACGACGCCUCCACGCUCAAGAAUCAGGGAUAAAGAAAAGAGAAGAAGCACCAUGGACCCCGGGCUGAAUUUCCAACGGCUACUGCGAGACAAGAAGGACUCUGUUGAACUGGUACCUGAACCAAUCCAGCCGCCUCUGGCACCAGAGCGCCUCAAGAAACGUGCCAGUCUGAAACUCAUUCGGAACAUGGAGAGGGAUUGGAAACAAGACAUCAAUCAGAGAGAGAGCAAGGCGGACUCUCUUCCCUCGCCCAAUCCAAUCCCGACUGUUCCUACAUUGGUAGAGUCGUGCAGCCGGUUCAUGUCCCUGACGUCCCGGCCCAAGUGCCGCGAGAUGAUAGCUCAGGACGCGGCGGAAACGGAAGUGGAGGAGCGCUGGCGAUCGGACCGCGCAGACGAAGUGCCCCCCAGCCGAGUCAACUUCCACAAGACGUUCAGUAUGCUAAUCAACAUGGGGAAUAUCGAGAAAGGGUGCAGAAGGACUGUGAGUGUGGGCGCGUUGCAGAUCAGCCGCGAAGAACAAGUUUGGCAAAACGAGCUGAAGGAUCUGAUCUGGUUGGAGCUGCAGGCCAAGAUCGCCGGGCGGACCCUCGCCGACCAGGACCAGUACCUGUGCGCCCAAAGAGACAUCGUGCCAACUCUCAUCAAGAACAUUUUUGAGUAUAGGUUCGUAGACAAUAACCCGUGUAAGGACCAGUCGAAGAAGCUGACGGAAGCUGUGAACGCCGAUGUCAGUGUCGAACAUGUCGCCGGAGAGGAGUAUGAUGACGAGGGCUGCGCGCUGGGCUGCGCGUCGCUGGAGUGCGAGACGUGCUCUGGGCGCGUGGGCGGCGCCAUGCGCGAGGUGGGCACGCUGCUCGACUCCUUCUACAACGCGCACGCGCUCUAUCCCUCCAGCAAGGCCAUGACGGCGGAGCACCCGCUCAUAGCCACCAACCUCUUCAAGAACCGGAUCAAGGCGAUGUGUCUCUGGUACAACACGGCGCUGAACAUGCGCGUGAAGCUGCUGGCGGUGCGCCGCAUGCUGCGGUCCAUGCUCCUCAAGCGCCGCCCCGCCCCGCACCGCAGUUCCGUGGACUCCGACGUCAGCAGGCAGUCUUCGGAGAUCCAAAGGCAGUGCCAGGUCAGGUUCAACGUCAGUGUCCACGCGUCAGACUCCAACAGCAGCGACAGCAGCGGCCACUCGGAGAUAAAGGAAGAACCGAAAACAGAAGUGAGGAGUGAGGGCAGCAGCGAGUCCCCCGCGGGCGCGCACCGGCGGGGGGGCGGGGGCGAGGGGGACCCCUCCAAGCUGAACGGCCAAGUGACCCCCGAGAUAGUGAUCUCUGAGAGCCAGUACAGCACGGGCGAGGAGAGCAGCUACUCCACGGAGAGCUGGUCGUCGUGGUGGUCCAGCCUCGACCCGCUGGAGCUGGGCCCGCUGUCCGAGCUGACGCAGCUGCGGCUCCUCGACAAGUGCCCCGUGUCCCUCUACCGGGAGCAUCACCGCGAGAUCCUGAAGACGCAGGGCGUUCGUCGCAGCAUGAUGUUCAUAUACAAGAUGAAGAACAACUUGCUGCACAAAGUACACUUGACCCUGGAGAAGCCUGACGCCACCACUGACACGUUCGCGGAGCACGAGCCCGUCGAGGUGUUUGAAGACUCGAAGAACGAAGACAAGUCGGAAUCGAUGCAGGACGAGAACGACAAGAGAAACUACGAGCUCAGAAGAUACGGCUGGUGGUCCGAAGAGACGUCAGCGAUGCGCCUGCCUUCCUACCGAGGACAUUUCCUGCUGCUGUCCAGCAUCUGUCUCGAAGCCGUACACGACUACCUCUCUUUCAGGCUCGAGGCUCGACCGGACCGGCCCUCUUGCCUCACCGUUAAACAGCUCAUCCACGAGCUGAAGGAGGGUCUGGACAUAGCGUCCGAGAUGCGCUUUGACUUCGUGCGCAACGUGCGCGCGGCGCUCGCGGGCCGGAGCCCCGGGACAGCGGCAACUCAGCUACGUCUGAUGACCAACACGUACGACGACACCGUGAGGGAUGUGCUCAAGCAAUACCUGUCGUACCUGACACUGAUGUCGGAGACGGAGCACAUGUCCCGCGCGGGGCUGCAGGCCGAGUGGGAGUACACGGCGCGGCUCGCCCGCCGCAUCCACUGCGCCUCGCAGCUGGCGCCGCUCGCCUUCUCUGAAAUAGCUUGCAACCAGUUGAAUAGGCUGUUGAAAAGCUUCGAAGAUAACUUUCAACAGCUAAUUCAGUCGGUGCAUGCUGACAUCGAAACUAACAGACACGCGGUGUACGCCGUGUGCCGGCUCGCGCAGAGCAUGUACACGUGCGAGCGGGAGCGCACGCUGCAGGCGGCGCAGUGGGCGCGCGCACUCAGCGCCCGGCUGCAGCGCGCGCCGCCGCCCGCCUACAUGCCGCAGCGCGCCCUCAUCUUCGAAAGCCUCAUGAAAAUACGCGACUUCAUAGUGAAAAACGUCGAGUACAUACUGGAGCAGAGCAAGACGACGCCGGACGACCUCACCAAGGAGAUGCACGAGAACGUGGUGGCCAGGAUCAGGGAGCUCCUGCUGCAGAUAUUCAAAUUAGGAUUCGAAUUCCACAAAGAGCUAUACAAAUUUGCUUGCGCGGCGCCGGUGGUGCGAGCCGAGCGGCGACCCCGCCCCUCGUCCCUGCAGCCGCGCCCCCCGCCCCGCCCGCCCGCACGCCUGCGCCGCCCCGACACCAUCCUAGUGCACGACUUCGACCGUAUGAUCCACAAGGAGCUGCACCGCUUCGCGAACGAUUCGACGCGGCUAUCGUUGCCCCCCCGCCGGUCGGUGGGCGGCGCGCCCUCCCGGUACCGGAGGAGGGUGCUCAGGACUGACAGCGUCUUGGAGGACGGAGAAGCCAGCGUUUUUGAUGACAGACUCUUUGACAACCAGUUCGGGGAGAAUCAGACUCAAACGAGCAUCGAACUACUACUAUCCGGUGAGCGAGCGUCAGAUCCUCCGGUGGAGGCUGCGGAGGGGGGAGGAGGGGAGGCGGUCGUCGAGGGGGAGGAGGUAGAGCGGAGGUGGGCGGGGCGGGUGGCGCGAGCUGUGAUACAGUUCGCGACCUGCUGGAUGCAGUUCGUGCUGGAGCGCUGCGACCGCGGCAGAGGCACCAGACCUAGAUGGGCGAGUCAAGGGCUCGAGUUUCUGAUGUUAGCCUGUGAUCCUUGCAACACUCAAUAUUUGACUGAUGAAGAAUUUGAGGAGCUGAAGCAGCGCAUGGACAGCUGCAUCUCGCACGUGAUCGGGUCCCGCAGCGCGCGCACGCCCGACCCCGCGCCCCUCGCCUCGCCGCGCCCCCGCGCCCGCCUGCACAGUCCACUGUCCAACGCGUCGCUGCACAAGGACGUGCCCGCGCCGCCCACCCCGCCCAGCGAGCCCGAGCCGCUGCUGUGCUUCCCCGGCGCGGAGAACACGCUACACAGCAGAAGAGUAACCGAAGCGAUAUCUCGAGUGGAGUUCGCGAGAGAGCAGAGACUGCGGGAGUCCAAGAGCGUGGGCAGGGUGCUGGAGGCCGCCGUCACCAGCUACGAGCCCAAGCUGAGGCAGCUCACGUUCAAGUGGCAGCGCGGAUUGAAGAUCGGCGCCGGCUCGUUCGGCAAGGUGUACACGGUGGUGAACACGGAGAGCGGGCAGCUGCUGGCCAUGAAGGAGCUGAGCGUGGGCGCGGGCGACCGGCGCGGGCUGCAGCGCGCCGCCAACGAGCUGCGCGUGCUGGAGGGCGUGGCGCACCCGCACCUCGUGCGCUACUACGGCUGCGAGCUGCACCGGGAGGAGAUGCUGCUCUUCAUGGAGCUAUGCGUGGAGGGCUCGCUGGAGGCGCUGGUGAGCACGGCGGGCGCGCUCACGGAGCUCACGGUGCGGCGGUACACCAGGCAGCUGGUGAGCGCCGUCGUCGAGCUGCACGCCAGGAACAUCGCGCACCGCGACAUCAAGAGCGGCAACAUCUUCCUCACCAACGAGGGCCACUGCCUGAAGCUGGGCGACUUCGGGUGCGCCGUCAAGAUCCGAGCCAACACCACCGCGCCCUGCGAGCUGCAGGGCUUCGUGGGCACGCAAGCGUACAUGGCGCCCGAGGUGUUCAUGAAGUCGUCGGGGCACGGGCGCGCCGCCGACGUGUGGUCCCUGGGCUGCGUCGUCACCGAGAUGGCGUCGGGGAAGCGUCCCUUCUCGGAGCAGGACUACAGCAACUACCAGAUAAUGUUCAAGGUGGGCAUGGGGGGCCGCCCCGACAUCCCCGACACGCUGUCGGACGAGGGCCGGGACUUCUGCGUGGCCUGCCUCACCCACGACCCCGACCAGCGACCGCGCGCGGAGACCCUCAGCUUCCACACCUUCCUCAUGGUGAAGUCUGACGACGACUGUCAGUGCGAGCCGGCCUACCUGAUGACGUAGGGCUCCAACUGGCCCCCUGCUCCACACCUCGGGGUCACAGGGUCGAGAGGCUUCAAGCACUUCCGCUGAUAGCUCCCGACAGACGACCCACAGUACUUAUAUUGGAAUCUUAACCUGCGUCCUAAAGCCACGGACUGCUGUUGGCGAGACCCACACUCUGGGAACUAGGUCACUGAAACUAUUGCCUGCCCCAUCAUACUGUAGACCAACAACUGUGUAAUCAUUUAUAUAUAAUAAAACUAGUGUGUCCAUAAACAUUACUAAACAAUAUCUAUAUCUUAUAUAUAUAAAAAUGAAUUUCUGUUCGUUAGUCUCGCUAAAACUCGAGAACGGCUGGACCGAUUUGGCUAAUUUUGGGCCUUGAAUUAUUUGUGGAAGUUCAGAGAAGGUUUAAAAGGUUAGAUAAAUAUGAAAAUGCUCGGAAUUAAAUAAAAAUAACAAUUUUGUUGUUCCUUUGAUGUGUCCCCCGUCGAACGGAUUCCUUUUGUUUGUUUUAAGUUUAUUUUAUACAAAAUUUUAGGUCUUUUAUUUAUCGAUUGAGGCACUACGAAGUCUGCCGGGUCAGCUAGUAAAAUAUAUUAUGAAUAGUAUAUACCACAUGGUACCGUGUGUCGUAUCAACAACAAGUCGGGCGGGAGCUAGUAAGCGUUUUUUUAUUGCUUACAUGAGUGGACGAGCUUACAGCCCACCUGGUGUUAAGUGGUUACUAGAGCCCAUAGACAUCUACAACGUAAAUGCGCCACCCACCUUGAGAUAUCAGUUCUAAGUUCUCAGUAUAGUUACAACGCCUGCCCCACCCUUCAAACCGAAACGCAUUACUGCUUCACGGCAGAAACAGGCGGGGUGAUGGUAUCUACCCGCGCGGACUCCCACGAAGGUCCUACUACCAGUAGAAACUGAAAUAGUUUUAAUAUAUUGGAAAGUACUUAACGGUAGUCAGCGGCUUGGUUCUAUCCCUGGCAUCGCUGAAGUCCAUGGACGACGGUAACCGCUCACCAUCCUGCCUAUAAAGGCAGUAAAAAAGAACAAAAAAAGAAUAUUAAUGAUAUAAUGAAUAUAAUGAAUAUUAUGAAUAUUAUUUACAACUGGAGAAUAUUAGAACGGAAGCUGGUCACGCGAGACUGUCGACCAGGUCAGUCCGUGACCGGGUCCUCUGUCAAAUUGUAACGAUAAAAACAUUGUCGCCAGCCCCAUCCCUUUGUGUUUAUUCGCUGACCUUUGUGUUUUUUUGUACAACUCUAAAACCAUUAAAUAAUAAAAUUUUCAUUUAAAUGUGUACAUAAAAUUAUGUAAUGAAAUAUGUAUUUGUUUAUUGAACGUGUUAUGUACUAUGUGAGGAUUUAUUUUUGGAGAAAAAUAAAUGAUAUAAAUAUGAA